AUGGAUUCUAUUCCAUCGACUUUCACUAUCGAGAUUGGUGGCAAACCAGUUGCAAACGUCGAAAAAGACGCUGAGGAUGGUUCUCAAGCAAAGCUGGGAGCCGUGCCAGCUAUCUUCAGCCUUAAGAAUAGCCGAUUGCAAUCUGGAGAUUGGAUCAUGGGACGCAAUCAAGUAGAGAACCGCAGCUAUCUGCCAAAACGAGUGUCCUGGUAUAAAGCAAAUGCAGAGAAUGAGAAGCUGGUACAGCUCGUGACAGCUAAGAAGGAGGGCGAGUCGUACCAGUUGAUCUUCAAAAAUGCAAAGUUGAUGGUAGAUGAUGAGGGCAUGGUUCUGGCCGAUCUACUUGGAGAGUCGCAAGCUGAAGUGAAAGUCAUUCUGCAAGACGGUUGA